CCCACUGUUUCCCUCUUGUGUGUGUGCCUGUAUGUGUGUGUGUGUGUUUGUGUGUGGGUGUCUGACUGCUGGCUGAAAGGAAUGUAGUACCUAUUCAGUGUGGAAGUUAGGUCCUCAUAUCCAGUAAAAAAACUCGAUAGAUUCUCUCUUUUUAAGCGUAUGCCUGGUCAGCUGUUCAGAGAGGCACCAACCAGCUAUGGCUUACCGUCUGUUUGAAGGCAAACAACAUGCCUCUUGCUACUGGAAGUACAGGAUCUCUCCAUCUGAUCAUCUAAUACAACAGGUCCUUGACUUCCUGGAAAAACAGAAAGGUGGUCCCUUUGAGCUGGCAGUGGACGUGGGCUGCGGCUCAGGCCAGGGCACAGUGCUGCUGGCCAAACACUUCGCCUCUGUCGUGGGGACAGACAUUAGUCCAGCCCAGGUGGAGGUGGCUUUGCAGCAUGCUCAAGAGCCAAACAUUACUUAUAGACAGUGUGUGGCCGAGGAGCUGCCAUUCGCUGACAGCUCGGCGGACUUGAUGACAGCCAUGUCUGCCUUCCACUGGUUUGACCGGCCGCGCUUUCUCCAGGAGGCCCACAGAGUCCUGAAGCCCCGUGGCUGCUUGGCUCUGCUCAACUACACCAUUGACAUGGAGCUCAGCUACCCUGACUGCUGCUCACACACACUCAACCAAGUCUGCAAAGAGUUUUAUGCAGCCUUGCAACCGUAUCGCAGCCCCCACCUGGGACCCAGCUCCAUUGAGUUGUACCGAGAGGCCUAUGAAUCUAUCCCUUACCCUGACAAGGAGUGGCAGGAGUGUGUGUGGGUGAAAAGGCCCAUGCCUCUGUCCAGCUACAUGGGCUUGGUGGAGUCUUUCUCCAGCUAUCAGGCUCUGCUGAGAGACGACCCGCAGAAAGCCGCCACGCUCUCCCAAGACAUCUGCCAAAGGUUGAUGACUGUAAUGAGGGUGACCUCUGCAGAGACGGAGGUGGUGGUGGCUGUCAAGUAUUUCUACCUCCUGGCCUGCAAACCACAGGAAGCCUGAACCCAGCCAGCACUCACAGUUUACACAGAAACCUGCGCUGCCACCCAAUAUUUAAUUACCUGUUCUGUGGGAAUGUUUUCUCUUCGACAUCUACAGCACACCACAAGUUAGUGUGUCAGAUGUUUGUUGCUUAUGUAUAAGCUUGAACUCUCUGUUUUACCCACAAAUGCUACUUACUUGAAAGUAAUACUUGGAAUUAGAUGAGAAGAUUGAUACCACCAAUAUGGUCGUACACUUAAUGUGAAGCUGGAGCCAGUUAGCUUAUCUUAGCACAAAGACUGGGAACAGAGGGAAACAGCUAGCCUGCUGUGAACUGACUCUUUUUACACUUCAGGUUUUUUUAAUGGAGAUUCUGACUCUGUGCAGAUUUAUAUUUGCAUAAUGUUUGUGAUUUGGGAAAGUAAACAGAAAGUUUUUGCCUGAAGCACACAUAUUGACAAUGAUCUGUUAUGUGCGUUAAACAAAUUAUUAACUCACUGUGAACACUUGUAAUAUUUUGGAGAGGUUGUUUUACAAAAUACCACUAGAGGGAGACAUUUGAUCAAAAUGGUCAUUGGUACUUUCUGUGUUUGACUCGAACAUUGCAGGGAACUUCUAUAUCAUGCCUCCUGACAUAUACAGUAAAAUGUUAACAAAUUUACAAUUUUAAGCACAAUAUGACUCUAUAAACAGAUUUAUGUCCCCACAACAUCAGUAAUACACAUCUAAACACACACACACACACACACACACACACACACACACACACACACACACACACGACACAUUGGAAAUCAUCCCUACAGGUUUAUAUGGAGUUAUCUUUUAUAUUAUAUUUUAUCUAUAUGCAGUGCUAUAAAAGGGAUAACUCAGGAGUUACACACAACCACAAAGGAUCAUCAAUCAGAACUACUUUCCAGCACUCAUGUUUGAAUACACAAAUAUAUGUUAACUCAUACAUAGUCGUUUGUAUUAGUCAAACUAAGCGUCUUUCCUUCUCCUCCCGAUUUCAAAUAAAGGAAGACUUCAAUGAUUAGA